UAUAACAAUGUACAAUACAACAAAGGAAGCCCACAAAAACCAUUGGUUAUGACUCCAUAUAAUAACCCAUAUUCAAGAAAUUACUGGAAUUACAACAAUUAYGGAACACAAGCUGCYGCAAAGCGAGACUCCGGCUUACGUUAUAAGUGGCAGAAUCCCCCAGCUAACGACCUAAUGGCAGCGCCUGGGUUGCCAAGGGGAUGGUAUAUUCCUGCACAGACAAAGACACAGGUGCAGUAUGCGUAUCCUACUCAUCACUAUAGAGACUGGUCAAAUAAGGGUAAACUUGCCAGUCAAAACGUCAUUUCCGCUUCACGGAGACGAAUUGAAAAUGCUCAACUAGUUUAUAUGAAAAAUACAAGGUUUGCAACGCCGUCGCCUGGUAACCAUCUCCCUGGAAACACUGACAUCAUUCGAAGAAAAACUAUCAAUGGUCUCCCUGCAAAYAUGAAAAUGUUUCCAAAGAAAUACAUWAACAAAGCUCCGUUUCUUGGAGGUGUCUCGCCGCACUAUCCUGUCCAAUUAGGAAACAAAAGGCCUCCAAUAGUGAAUAAUUUGGGGAGUCAAAGAUUAGGUAACAUGAAAGUGCAAAAUGUUGCAUCUUCUKCUCMGAAUAAUGCCAAUCAAMUGACUGCAAAUACGCCUGUCUUGCGUAAUAAUCCUAGYRCAUUAUCUAAAAGCGAAGAGAUGGUGCAAUCUUUAAGGAAAGGUGGAUUGCUUAUUUUAGGUGGAAACGAGGCUGGAAGGAACGUUCAGAAAUUACUACUUGGGGAAAAUGCCCCCCCAAAAAAUAACAUCAAAAAGCAACAACCUGCUAGUGUUCCAAUGCCUUCUCGGAAAGUUAUAGAUAAUGAUACCACAGGCAAGAAACGAGCUCAUGUAUUUAAAUCAAAGAGUGGCAAUGUUGACCUAAGGUUACAGAAAUUAAGAAAUGCACUAAGCAUAUUAGGCAAUAAGAGAUCUCUUCAGCCAACUAUUGCUACUAAAAGCUCUUCCACCAUAAAAGACGAUUCAGUCUUUUCGUCAUUUUUGUCACAAGGGAUGCUGUUUCCGCCAAAUGCUAAAUCGAAAAUACCGCAUAUGGUUGCAAACAAACCACAUCAACUAGUUGCCAAUGGUAUGCUACGUGGUCCCAUGAAAAUACGAGAUGUUACAGGUGCCAAACAGGAGCUCGAUGUCAUUCAAGGAAGCUCCUUGCCUGAUAAUCACAGUCCCAGCCUUCAGAAUAGCUCUGCUAAUGUAUCAUAUGUUUUAARUCAAGUUUCUCCAACCGUUUCUGCAAGCGUGCCUGCAACGACGAUCAAACGCUCAGCGAGGUACAAAUGGUAUGCUCCAGAGUCUGGUAUCAUAGAUAACAAAUAUCAAUGGAACUAUCUUAAGGAAACAAAUUUUCACAGUCCGCAUGAGUUUCAACAGAAAAUUAAGGCUGAUAUCCCUCAGCAGCAAAUGACAACACAACCUCCUACGCAGCCGGCUACGUUGGUACAGCAACAACGUGAACAAACUAGUCAACAACCAACUUCUCCGCCACAGCAACCAGCGGGAGUUACUCAACAACCAAUGGAGGGUUCAGCCGCGGACUUAACUCAACAGCAGCAGACUUCACCACAGCAACCGACGGGAGCUACUCAACAACCAGUGGAAGGUUCUGCAGCAGAAUUUGCUCAACAACAACAGCAGCAGCUGCAACAACAGCAACAAGAUGUCCCAUCAACACCUUAUGCAGCCUCUUACUUGUCGGCAGGACAUCCGGAGACGACACCCUCUGGUCAGCAGCUUAGUCCUAGCACCCAAUCUCCACAGCAACAGCAACAACAACAAGAACAACAACAAGAACAACAGCAGCAACAACAACAGCAACAAGCUCUUCCUUCUUCACAACCACCCACAUCCAUGAAUGCUCCACAACAAAAUACACUCUCAAGUCAACAGACAGCUAACACCACUUACCAACAGCAACCAACGAUGACUACAUUAUCACAACAACAAACCACAGCAAACAACCCACCACCUACCAACUCAACUUACCAACAACAACCAACAGCCAGCUCACAACAAGUGACCAACUCACAAACGACUCAGCAAAAUCAACAACAGCAGACUUCAYCAACGACAGCAUCUCCGCAGCAAAGAGAUACUACACCCCAAGCCGAGGGUAGYGGUAUCAUCUUACUUACGAGYCCAACAGCUGCGGCAACUGUAGCCAAACAAGUUCUACAACAUAGUAACUUCACAAGACAAAGUUAUAGUGCGCCGGCUUAUAACUACAGUACCUAUGAGAAGCUAUAUAAACAAGCGGUUGAAGCGGCAUAUGCGCAAGCAGAACAGCAGAAACAACAGAAACAACAGAAACAUCAAGAGGCGCCUUUGCGAUCAACUGAACAACAACAGCCGCAAACGCAGCAACAGCAGCAGCAGUCGCAACAGCAGCUAUCACAACAGCAACCUCAGUCACAUCAACAACAACAGCAG